UGAAGAUAAGUUGCAUCUGGAAACACUACAGGUUCAAUCUGAAUCCUUCAUGGCUCAUGCUGACAAGAUAUCAGAAGUGGCUGGCUUCAUCUCAGCUUUAGCGUGUGAUGAAAAGAGUCUUGAGAAUGUAGAGAACUCAAGGGGAUGCAUCAUGAGGCUGAAACAAGCAAUUUGUGUACUUAUGCAAAAUUUAGAGGAAGACGAGUUGCAUUCAAGUGAACCUCUGGAAAAACUAAAAGAGAUGCAACAGAGAUGGUCAGAGGAGAUGGAGCAGCUCUUACAUGCAUGUAGUAGCAUUAUAAACGUGAAUGACUUUGUCUGUCUUGCUCUUAAGGAGAUGCAGAGCAACUGGAUUGAGUUUGUUGAUGCACAUUAUGAUGAAGAAGCACACAUUCUCACAAAACAGGCAAGCUUGCUCAUUAGACACAUGAGCUUGGUAAUCCAGGUUGUGAGAAGGCAUGUCAGUAAGAGUGACAAUCCAAUCUACCGUAACGGACUUCUGGUUCUGAUAAAGCAAGCGGAAGGAUCCGCUGCUGAGGUGACAAGUUAUGUCACUGACAUCUAUUCUUAUACCAGUCUUAGCAAUGAGACUUUCUCAUUACUCUCUAAAAGUGUUUCAACAGCCUUAAAACACUUUGAUAUUCUACGUGAAGGACUUGAUGGUUUGCAGCAUCCACAUCUGCUCAGCCCACUGCGGGAGGGAGCUCGCCAGUCUGCCGGUACUGUACCAUGUGCAAUGCCCAUUUCAGAGCAUGAAAGAUCAACUGAAGAUCAUUCCGAUAAAACAGAAUCUGAGUCUGCAGUGCAAAGUUCAACUAGUGAGGAAAUUCCAUGUCAGGUCAAAGCUGGUUUAGAGAAUCCGACUGUUCAAACAAUAAUGGAGUAUGCUGUGCCAAACCCUGAAGAAGCAUGGAUUGCACCUGUCGUGGAAUCUAAAGCUGUCAUACAGCGCCAUAAUAUUGAUUUGUUGCCUCUCUUGUGUGAAGUUGUCUGCAUGACCAAAGGUAAAGAUGUAGAGGCUCUUAACAUGGCUUGUACUGGAGUACUAGGACUCUCAAACUGCUAUGCCCAAGCUACAAGAGAAGCCACCAGUGUCAUAGACACAGCUGAUAGUAAGGAAGUGGAAAAUCUGCGGUCCAAACUUGUGUCCUUGACACCCUUGCUUGUCCAGACAGCACAGGAAACAGCCAUGAGUUCAGCUAUGAGUGCAGAUAGCAUUUAUAAACACAGUACCGAAUUCUCUGACCUCAUCAAAAAUGCCCGUAAGAUAUUGCUGCCAGUGGCAGGGAUGUGGUACCAUGCUGUUUACUCCAUGUUCCAAAACUAUGUACCCAAUCUGUUGGAGACCAUCACACAGGAACUUACGGAGGUCAUGUGUUUAUGUGCAGAUGCUGUGCAACUUGUGACAUCUUCGGAUAUAAAGGUGAUGGGAGAGUGUCAUGAGAGUAUAAUGUCUUUGCAGAGCAAGCUCCAAAAAGCCCAAACCAACACCAAGAAUCUAACAGAUAUAGCGGGUUCAAGACCAACUCAAAAUGAUGAACUUGAUGGUCUCUGCAUGCUUUGGGCCAUGUCUGUCCAAGUAGUGUUGAACUCAUUGGAUAAGAUUGUGGGAACAGCAACAACUGAUGGUAAGGGGCACACAGUCAAACAUCAAAUGACACCCAAAAAAUGGUUGUCAGUAAUAUCUGAGAACUCACUUCGUAUACAAGAAGCUGCAAGACUGUCUUCUCUGAACUGUCGAGAUAGCUAUAAAGUUAAACUGCUAGGAGAACUACAAGAUGACGUGAAGACACUUACAGACUCCUACCUACAGGCUGCUGAAGAAGUUGGUACAGUGUCCCUCUCAAGUGUCCUGAUGCUGGCAAAGUCAGAGCUGCUUCAGAGACAGCUUCAGAUCAAAAUGAAAGCACUCUCUUGUCUUCUGAGCAAAGUUAACCAAGAUUAUGUGACGGCCAUUCAAAACACUAUUGCUUUGGCAUGCUCUGUCCAAACAAAAGAUAGAGACAUGGAAACUGAAGGUAGUCUGGUACAGUUUGAAAGUGCUGCCGAACUGCUUAUGAAGAAUGUUAAAAUCGCCACGGAGUCCAUUCAGGACUGUUUCAAUUUCAUUAGAGACCCAAAGGAAAGGUCCAAUCUAAGAUUCAUUAACGACCACUUGACAUUUCAAAUGUCAGACAUUGUGAGUAGAGCCAGACUAAUAGCAGAGACACAAACUCUUGGAGACACUCUCACCCUUGAUAUCCAGUCACAGUGCUGGUCAGCAAAGGCACAUUACCUUGUGGAAGAAAUCUGUAAAGUAGAUGGAAUUCUUGCAGUCACAAAGGAACAGAUCAAGUGUAGCUUGCAGGGCAAAGAGUCUAGUACAUUUGUCAUGUCCCAGACACCAGGUUUCACAAAAAAAGCAACACUACAUCCUCUGUCUACAAAUAAUCAAGGUCCUACUAAGAGCAAACCAAGUGUCCAAGAUGUGUCCAAUCAGGAGCCAAAUAAGGAAGAAACAUCCAAGAGGAGCCCAAGAGGUCCUGUGUUUAACCUGGUAGAUACGACCCUCUCUUACACUUCUCUCUUUCUGAAACGGGAAACUGAGAAGUGGGAUGAUCAGGGUAAUCAGAUUGUCAAGGUGACAAAGGAAAUGGCAGAUAAACUCUAUCACAUGGCCCAGUACCUAAAGAAGAAAGGGCCAAUCCAGACCAAAGAUGCUUUUGUAACAUCUGCGAAAGAUCUGGUCUCAAGUGGCCAGUCGAUCACCCAGUUUGUGCGUGUCAUAGCAGACCACUGUCUGGACAAGCAUUGUACUGAGGAGCUUUUUGUCAUUGCAGAGCAGAUCCUUACCAUUUCCAACCAACUUACCAUCAUCUCAAGGGGUGCAUGGUGUCUCUACAGUGUUAAUGCAGUUACUCCUGGGUGCAAAUCAUCAGAUGAGAUCCUGGUGAAGAAUGCACAGAAUCUACUCCAGUCAGUUAUCCAAGGAGUACGAGCUGCAGAGACUGCCUGCAUCAGGGGUUUGAAACAGCCUGAGCCAAACUCGGAAGCAGCAAAGGCAGCAGCGUUCUGUUUCCAGUGGAAAAAGGGUUUCCUUAUUCACCGAGCUCAAGAACAGCUUAACCCCGAAACUGAUGAUUUGGGUCUACGUAGGACCUCCCAGCAUUCAGCGGCGCCCAGCCUUGCACCAACCAUCAAAAUGUUAGAUAAUCACAAAUGAAUAAACACAAAAUAAAGGAUCUUAAUUUUGCCUGUAACUUUUGGAUAUUCUGUUAUUAUAUGUUGAGAAAUCAACAGCCUUGCGCACCAAACUAAAAAGCAUUAUGAACACAAUGUGCCUUUAGAAAA